AUGUCUUCUGAUUCAAGAUCGUCUAGUUUUGAAGAUAUAUCGUUAGAAGCAGCACUCGCAACUUUAGAUGAAAUACAAGGAAGUUAUGAUGUUAUUAUUGAAUUUCAUUCAGCUGAGGAUAUACCAAAGAUGGAUGUAAUCGGACAUGCUGAUCCGUAUUUUAUAGCAAGUAUUGAUGAUCAGAUAUCAUAUACAUCUUCUAUUAUUCCCAAUACGGGAACGCCUAAAUGGGAAGAUGAAAAAUGGAUUGUUCGUAAUAUUCCUGCCGAUGCUAAACUUACAGUUAAAGUUUAUGACAAAGAUGAAGAUACAGUUAGUGAUGAUCAUGUUGGUGAUUUUGAGAUUGAUAAUUUAAUUGAUUAUAAUGCACCACCAAACGGUCAUGAAAUACUUGGUCCGUCUAAUCAUAAGAAUGGUUAUUUUCAUUUAUCUAUCGAGUCGAUGAAAUCAUCUGAUGAAACUAAACAUCUUCCACCUUAUACAUUCGAUGGUCCUUGUCGAUACUUUCGUCAUGACUCAUUUGCUGUUGGUCGUUUAACUAUGCUCAAUACUGAUUAUGUUUAUUCAACAUGGAAAAUACAAAUACGACGAAUUUCUGAAUUUUUUAAACCUUGUGAUCGACAAUAUUGGAAUAAACAUUAUCUUGCUGCUCAAACUAUAUUUGGUUUUUGUCCUGUUUCUACAGCAUCCCAAAGUACUAUUAAAUUAGCACAUAAGAUUCUCUAUGGUCGAACAAUAAAAAACACGGAAAGUGGUCAAUUAACAAAUGCUGAUCAGUUAUGGAAAUCGAUAUUCUCCAAUCCAAUAUCAAAAAAAAUUAAACCGUCUAUUUAUUCCUAUGUUAUCGAUGAUAAUACAUGGCGAUUUAGUGAAACUGAUGCUCACUUCUUUGCUGAUUAUGCAAGUAAACAUGCAUUAUUAGCGAAUUGUUCAAAAUAUGUUCGAUAUGCUGGUGAAUUUCAUCCUCGUCCAAAAUAUGGCUGGGAUAGAUGUGAUGAUGAAUGGGAAUUAGUAUUUGACAAUGCAUCUGGAACUUAUGCACCAGAUGCUAGUCUAUUAAAUAAUUUGAAAGAAUUAUUAAUAUUUAAUUUUCCUGGUUUAGAUAUUGUUACAUACGACCAUGAUGAUCCGCAAUUAAAAGAAAGUUUAGAACAAUUAAAAAACUCAGCAGAAAAAUAUCUAAACAGUACAACGACAAUUCAAAAACUUGUAAUGAACUGUCCUACGUCAGCUAAAUAG